AUGUUUAUAAAACGUAAAUAAUAUAUUUUAAUAUAUCAGCUAAAUAAUAUAUACUAUUUAUUAAAAUUUUCUAAUCUUAAAAGGAAUUAAGAUAAAUAUUUAGUCGGAAAAAAAUUAGGUCAAGGUAAAUUUUCCGAUGUAUAUUUAGGAUACGAUUAAACUAAAAGCAAUUAAGCAGUUGUUAUAAAAAUUCUUAAGCCAACUACAGAAAAUAAGCUUUUUAAGGAAAUAAAUAUAUUAAAACAUAUAAAUUAAGUUAAGAAUAUUGCACAUUUAUUAGAUGUUACAGAAGACCCUUAACUCAAAGUACCUUGCUUAAUAUUUGAAUAUAUAAAAGGAGUUAAUUUAAAUUAAGUAUUAAACAAAUUAAAUUAUGAUUUAGUUAAAUAUUAUUCAUAUUUGUUAUUAGAAGCUGUUUCCGAAUCUCAUAAUGUAGGUAUUUUUCAUAGGGACAUAAAAGGAUUAAAUAUAAUUGUAAAUAUUAAAUAAAGAAAAUUUAAUUUAAUUGACUGGGGAGUUUCAGAUUUUUAUUAUUCGUUUGAAAAGAUCUUAAAUAAAGUUGGAACUAUUCAUACAAAGUCUCCUGAAAUGGUAUUAAGAGAAUCUUUUAAAUAUUUUUUUACGCCUGCUAUUGAUGUAUGGUCUGCAGGUGCAGUUAUAUACAGUAUGGCUGAAAGAAUAAGUGCAAAUGAAGCUCUUCAACAUAAUUUUUUUGAUGAUAUAAGGAAUCAAAUAAUUAAAAAAGAUAUAUAAGAAUGA